GCCCCCGGGAGGAAACUCCACCGGAGAGCCCACCACAAGAAGUUGAACCUGAACUCCAACCUCCAGCUCAAACUCCAGCUCAACCCCAAGCGGAACCAGAACGAGAACCGCAGCAAGAACCGCAGCAAGCACCACAACCAGAACCGCAACCAGAAAUCCAGGGACAUGUUCAGGGCAUCAUCGAACCUGAUAACUUCUCGGAUACCGACGGUGAUUCCUUAUAUGCGGGAUCACUGGGAGACGCCAGUUAUACCACCAGUAUUACGUCAAGUGCUAUGAACUAUCAGUAUGAGAAUGGUCGCAGAUAUCAUUCGUAUCAUGAGGGUGAAUACAUUCUGCCUAAUGACGAGCAAGAACAAGACCGUCUGGACUUGAGCCACCACAUCUAUCGGAUGAUCCUGAAAGGAGAGCUGCAUGCGGCCCCUAUCAAGAACCCCGCUCGGGUCCUGGAUAUUGGCACCGGAACUGGCAUCUGGGCUAUCGACUUUGCAGAUGAACAUCCCGAAUCAGAAGUGAUUGGGAACGAUCUCAGUCCUAUUCAACCGUCAUGGAUUCCUCCCAACCUCCGCUUCGAGGUGGAUGACUUCGAAGCGCCCUGGUCCUACAGCCAGCCCUUCGACUACAUCCACGGCCGUGAGUUAGAAGGCUUCAUCCGCGAUCACGACCGCCUGUUCGAGCAGGCCCUGGCCAAUCUGAAGCCCGGUGGAUGGAUGGAAAUUGCCUCGAUCGAAGUCAACUGCUUCUCCGACGACGGCACACAUCUCAAAGCAACAUCGAUGAUGGACGGAGUCAAGCACAUGCACCUGAGUGCCAAGAAGUUCGGCAAGGAUUUCGACACUGUGAAGAACUGGAAAACACAGAUGGAAAACGCCGGCUUCGUCAACGUUCGCGACGACGUGUACAAGCUCCCCCAAAGCCCCUGGCCCAAAGACCCCAAGCUCAAGGAGCUCGGUCGUUACCAUCAGGUCAACAUGAUCGAGGCCAUGCCGCCCUACUGCUAUGCGCUGUUUACCCGAAUGCUUGGUUGGCACCGGAUUGAGAUCGAGGCGCUGGUGGCAGGCAUGCGGAGGGAAUUGCGCGAUACUUCGCUCCAUUUGUACUCGCGACUGCACAUCGUGUAUGGGCAGCGGGCGCUCUGAACGCCCAGUGAUGAUCGGUCAAUAAUGAAUUUGCAUCUACGCAUUGGGUUGUCAAGUAUUCUGAGCGAAUUAUUGCAUGUGUCCUGCCGUGGCGCGUAGGAUGUUGGUUUCUAUACGAACUCUUUAUUUACAUUAUCUAUACUCUAUCUCAGCUGAUUGUUGCAUGUCAUGAUUGUGAAGUGUAUCCCAGACUCUGUCCCAUCCAUAUUUUACUAAUAUUAGUUUCAUGACAUGCUAAUGAGCCGCCUUGGCAAUCUUCUACCAUGUUAAUAGUCCGGAUAAACUAAGUGUCAUGGUCAGGAAUCUAGUGUCGGGCUCUAGGCGCCCCGUGUUUCCGACUAAAGCUAUCGGGAGGCUUUCUUGGUGUGACCCGGCCCUAAGUGUUCAAGGUCCCCGUAGUGCUCGAUACAGGAUCCAAGUUGGAAGGUCUCGCGGUCGUACGGCGUCCACGCUAUACCCGGUCCGUUUACCAUUGCCGACAGUUUCAUCGUCACCUCGAGUGUGUUACGUUUCCAUUUCCUUUGCACGGGACGGCGGCUUAUAUAGACAAUGGAGGCCCACUGGAGCCAAACAACCCCUGUCGCAUGGGAUUUGGCGUAUCACCAUGCGUGUCCAAGGUCCCCGAUGCUACUAUGUGCAUUGUCUCU